UGGUGGAAACAGAUGGCUGGAGGAGACAACAAGUCCCCCUCUCCCCCCAGGCGGCAUCAAGAGAAAAUGGGAGGGAUGGAGGUUGGAUGAAGAGAUGCCAGUUUAGUGGAUGAGAGGAAACAUUUGGUGAUUGGAAGGGAUUAAGAGAUUACUGACACAGCUGACUGGCUGCACCAAAGUCUCUCUCAUCAUCAACAUCGUCGUCAACAUCAUUUGGUCUCUUGCUGGAAUGUUUUCUGCAACAGGAUGGAGUCCUUCAGCCGGAAGGGUGCCUCCUUGGUGACUUUAAGAGUUGGUGAAGUGAAGUGCAGAAUGUAACCAUUACUCUUCCACAAGUUCUGCUUUUCUCCACCGAAGCAUGCGUCUCCUCGGCCUUCUUCUACUCGGUUGGCCUUCCUUCUUUUUCCCUUGGGUGGCGUGCACACGGUUAUGUCCCCGCCGCUGCCUUUGUUACGAGCACAGCGACUUGGUGGAUUGCCGUGAGCGUGGGCUGGAACACGUUCCCAGGGGUCUCCCGCACGGCACCUGGCUCCUGGAGUUGGGAGGAAACAAUAUGAGUGAAAUUUGUAGCAGAGCCUUCACUGGGUUGUGGUCCUUACGGGUGCUGGUGCUGGCUAACAGUCAGAUAGAAGCUCUUCAACCACAGGCAUUUUUUUCACUGUUUUACCUGGAGAAGCUGGAUCUCAGUGGGAACCAGCUUACUAGUCUACCUGCUGACUUCUCAGUGAGCCUGUCUGGACUCAAGGAGCUGCGACUGGAGCGCAACAACUUACAUCAUCUGUCUGCAUUCAGCUUUGAGUAUCUGGACAACGUUGAGAAACUGGACCUGAGUCGUAAUCAUCUAGUCUCACUGGGCCCGGGUGUGUUCAGGGGGCUCACAAGGCUCAGGCAGCUCUACAUGCACAACAAUAGACUCUCCGUAGUGCUCCAAGGGAGCCUCGAUAUGCUGCCCGGACUGGAGGUGCUCCAGCUGAGUCACAACAACAUUUCCCGGAUUGACACGAAGGCUCUGUCUCCUCUCUAUAACUUGGCAGUUCUCGCUCUGGAGGGAAACAACCUGCGUCACUUGAAAUUCAAAACCUUCCUCAGUCUUCACACAACAGCGACGCACAUCCAGCUAGCAGGGAACCCUUGGAGUUGCGAUUGUGAUCUGCACCGCGUCUUCAGCAAGAUCCUUCACGUUCGCCAUCUCCACAUCGACGACUACCGCAACGUGACCUGUCACCAGCCGCCACAGCUGGCCGGGGCUUCUCUGGCUUGGGUAGACAGCCAAUUGUGCAUCGCAGAGACCGCCACCGUACUGGUCAUCACCGUCACCGUGCUGGUCACGGUGGUGGCAGCCGUGGUCAUGGCAGAACGCAACAGGAAGAGGAACCAUGGCAAGAACUGGGACACUGAAUCCCAAAACCACACACAAGGUCCUCCAUCCUGAGAGCAAUGUCACGACUGAGCUGGAACUGGGUUAGACCCUGGAAUGGGCUCAAGUUAACAUCAUGCACAUUUAGUCACAUUGAUAUAUUAGGUUUAGAACAACAAAAGUUAUUAACUGUAGAAAAAAAAUCGGGAUAAUCGAACCACCAAAACACUAAUUCCGAUUAUUUCUCCUGUCACACAAGACACAAUAUUUUACUAUAUUAUUUUUAUUAAUUUGUUUUAUUAUUUAUUUUAUGUUAUUAUAAUAUAUUAUAUUGCAUUAUAUUUAAUACACGAAACUUAAACCAUGAAAGACUUAUCCAUUGUUCAACUUCAUCACUGGGAUUUUACCAUCUAAAAGACUUUGUGAAAAGAUGAAAAAUAACUGUGUUGUAUUUUUGUGCAACCAU